UCAAGACACCAUUGACUCCAAUAAAGCUAGAUAUUAAAGAUCUUGAUAUUGUCAUUGAAGAGCUAACAAUACUCAAUCAUUUACCUUGCCAUAUAUGGCAUGAUCUUGGUCUUCAGCUAGGACUCUAUCAGCCUACACUAGAAGACAUCAAUAAAGAUAAUAAUGGAGACUCUAAGAAGUGCUUCAGAGAGUGUAUGUCUGCCUGGUUAAGAGGAGAAGAUAAAGUGAGAGAGAAAGGAGGUCCCAGUUGGUCAUCAUUAGCUACAGCACUGGAUAAAGAAGGAAAGCAUCACAUUGCCACUAACAUUAGAGAUAAAUAUUAUCCUAAUGGAGUGUCCACUCCACCAACUGGUGGUACAUCAACUGGUAGAGAAGUGGUUGCUAUUGGAGACUACACAGCUCAAUAUUCUGAUGAACUGACCUUCUCUGAGGGAGAAAUACUUCAAAUAUUAGAAGAAGUUGAUGAUAACUGGUAUCAUGGUGUGUGUCAGGAUAAAGUUGGUAUAUUUCCAAAGACUUACGUCAGAGAACCUUAACAACAACCAGCUGCUAACAACCAGCUCUACCUGCUCCUCUUUCUCUCUCUUCAUGUUCCUCUCUUGUAGUCAUUAGCUGUUUAUGAGUUAAUCAAUUGUUUUAUUUGACAUCAUUUUAUUUUAUUCACUGACAAUUAUGGUAUUAUUUUAUUUUCUUGCUGUUAUUAUUGUGAUCUAUUACAAUUAUCUAUUCUAUUAUUCAUUGUUGCAUGUGAAGUGUAUUGAAUCUAUUGAUAAUGAAUUCCUGAUGUGUGUUGUGCACUUCUAGUAAAAACUAA